AUGGCUACAUUGAUAUUGAUCAAUGGACUUAAUUUUCUACUAGACUUUGUCAAAGCAAAGGUAGAAGAUAGUCAGCUCCCACUUACUGUUCACCGACGAGGACAACAACCUAUCUUAUACGACCGUGAGAAUAAUGAGAUAGAGUGUUCAAAGAAUUGGACUUGGUCCUAUCCCGAAGCCGAAUACUUUACUAUGAAGCAGAUGCAACUAUGCAGCCUAUUCUGCACUAUCGAUGAAGAAGAGCAGUUUAUGGAUCAUUUUCGACUCCCUGCAGAUUUUGUCCUACCAUUUGUGGAUUCUGAUCCCCCUGUAAUUCGGUCUGGAGGAUAUGGCAAAGUCACAAAGGUCUUUAUAGAGCCGUCGCACUUAUGGUACCGGGGUACAUACCCAAAACCGGAGUGUUUCGCUAUCAAGGCUGUUCAGCACAGCUCAAUAGACCAUCCGAGUGAAGCAGACUCUCUCGCAAGACGCCUGGUUAUCAAGAAGCUCGCAGACAGAGAACACCUUCAUCAACUGCUUUUCUCCUUUCGUCGAGCUGACUAUUACUACCUCGUUUUUGAAUGGGCCGACGGCGAUCUCACCGAUCUAUGGGAAACGAUGCCAAGCUUAUACCGCCCUGAUGUCGAAGAAGACGCGUGUUGGUUCUUUCGCCAAUGCGCCGGUAUUGUGCAGAGCUUGGGUAGUCUUCACGAGCAACGCUCGUCUUACACCGCCAGCACCGUGAAGGAAAUAGUUCACGUCGCGCUGGAAGGAAAGUACGGACGGCACAGCGACAUAAAGCCGCAAAAUCUGCUUUGGUUUAGUGAUUUUCAAGGCGACAAGAAAGAUCACCUGGUUAUCGCCGAUCUUGGCCUUACCCAGUUCAACACAUCGCAGUCAAAGUCACAUGUGUCAUGGGCUGGUGUCAAAGGCUAUACACAAACCUACAAAGCCCCAGAGAGUGAAGGAAGUGGUAGGAUUGGAGUCAGAUAUGACAUUUGGUCUCUUGGCUGCGUCUUUCUGGAGCAUGCGUCUGUGUUUCUGAUGAGAGACAAAAGCUGUGUCAGGACCUUCUCAAACAGUAGACUGAAGGAGGAUAAGUAUCUGAACAGGUCUGGGAAUUAUCAUGGCGAUACUUUCUACAAUUUGAUCAGGGAAAAGGAUUUAACAGAUACAUACACAUCAAUUGGAAGCAGUGGCAUUCGGGGAGAGGUCAAAAAGACAGUCACGAAAUUGAAGUCAAUUCCCGAUAGCCAAAUUCCCUCAAGGCAGUCUCGGAUCUUGGCAGGUAUCUCAGGAGGGCAAGAGGGUAGCAGGGCCAACUUUGGUUCGUCUCACACGGAGUCAACCGGAGAUGCGGGGGCUGCUGAUCCAGAAGCGUUGAAGAUGCUUAAUGAGCUGCGUCAUAUGAGUAACGAUAUCACUUUGUCCCCGGAAAACUUACAGCUUCAGAUACCAAAGAUUCAGUUUGAUGGGUCUUUGGCAGGUCUUUUAGAGGAACAAAGCCCUAUCAGCGAUUUAAUCGAAGGAAUCAAGUCCCUUUCUGUUAAGUAA